AUGGGUAGGACAAUCGGCCGUGUCUGUAACCGGGUUGCAUUCGGACGGUUCAUAUUCGAUGGCCAAGAGUAUCAGCUUCCUAUAAACAACUGUCCUCAUACUUUGCAUGGCGGACCUCAAGGGAUCGCUUUGAAAGAAUGGGAAGUUGUGCGUGAGACACCCUCGUCUGUCACUUUCCGAAUAUACGUCAAUGAAGCCACCGACGGGUUCCCAGGCGACGCAAAAAUUGACGUGACUUAUACUGUAAACGAUAUGAACCAACUUCUCAUAGAACAUGGUGCAACAUGCACAACUCCCGGAGUGCUCAACCUCACGAAUCACUCGUAUUGGAAUCUGAGCGGCUGCGUAAGUGUACUACUCAAGAACAAAACGAGUUUUUCACGGACCGCGCAAACUAAACUGAGAUCACAUUUGUUGUGA